GGGUUUUCCUUUGAAUGUUCUGAGAAACAAAAAAAGACUUCCUAUGAAGAUACCGUGUCAAUAUGUUUGGAAUACCCAACUGAAGAAAAUGAGGUACACGAACUUGACCCCAAAAUAGAAACGCUAAGAGAAAUAGUUCAAAAAUCAAGAGAGAAAACCAAGAUCUUAUCAUCAAGAAUAGAUACCCAAGAUGAAGAAGGGCAAAGUUCCCAAUACCAAAUGAUGGAGGAUAUGUACGAAAUGCCAAGAAAAUCAAACAAAUGCCGAUAUCAAAACAAUGAUGACAAUGAAGGCCCAGGUGCCUUAGAACACAAGAUGCUAUUGGA